AUGAAUGAAGCCCCUGAGAAGAGUUCAGAUCCAGGCCGCCCCCUUGCACCCAAUAUCAACAGCAGCAAUGAUGCUGGCGACUUAGAAGCAACAGCGCCCCCUCCUCCGGACGCUUUGGCUUAUUUUUCUCGGGUUUUGAGGCGGCAGACUGCAACGAGUGUGGCAGAGGAUCAGGAGCCAUUCAUGGGGGUGAAGGUGUGGAGGACUUCUCUCCACAGAGAGUACAAAGGGGACUAUCUCAAUGUCCCCUCAAAUCCCUACGUAAUGAAGAUACUUGAGAAACAAGGUGACAGACAAGGGCUUUUUGCUGACAACAUCUUGAAGUUCACAGGAUCAGGAAAAAUUAAGCGCCGGAUUUUAUUGAUUACGGAUCUUGCUAUCUAUAUUUUGGACCUAGAUGCUUCUCUCCUUAAAAGACGAGUGGUACUUACAGUGAUUGAGACAUUAUGCUUGAGUGAUCUUAGUGACAAUUUUCUGGCGAGUAUAAUUCCUAGCGAGUAGGACUGUCUUUUGGCUAGCACACGUAAAACAGAGAUUGUCACAGUGCUUGUAGAAGCUACGAAGAACAACUCUGACUAUGGAAUUGAAGUUGUCUUCUCCAACAGGUUUAAAUACUAUGCUGCAGCCGAUAACAUCAAAGAAGUUCAAUUCGAGGAAGUUGAUGGAGGCGUUAGGACACGGAUUGUGAAGAAGUCUGCGAUUUAG